CAGUAGAGAUACCAGUGUUUACUCUGGUUAGUGAGGGGAGGAGCAUGGCUGAAGCCCAGAAGUUCUGCAGGGAGUACUACGAUGAACUGGCCACCAUCUUCAAUGCUGAGGACCAGACAGCAGCUCUGAGAGCAGUGUCAGCACAGAGCCUCACUGACGCUGUCUGGGUCCACUCCCAAUACCAUGCCUUUUGGCCCCAAGUGGACUAUUGGAAUUUGCCAGAUGCAAAGUGUGUCGUUCAUGGACAUACAGCAAAAGUUUGGAUUUUAAAAUAUUGCCUAUUUUCAUAUAACUUUGUGUGCCAGAAAAGCACACAAUCAAACUCAGAGCUUAAAUACUACAUGGGUCAAGGUCCAUUGACGUGGAAGGGGGCACAGACGGCUUGCCGAGCCAAUGGAGAUGACUUAGCGAGCAUCCUCACCCAAGAGGAUUACACAGCAUUCCAAAACAUAACAGAGACACAGCAGUUUGAAAUGUGGAUUGGACUCUACUGGAAGACUUCUACCAGAAUGUGGGAGUGGUCCAAUGGGGAUCCCUUUCCAUACUGUGUGUCUGAGCCUCAACUGGGUGCUAGUAACUGCUGCUCCCUGACCUAUAAGGGCCAUGGACAGACUGAAAACGUCACCCUGGAGAAGAUAGACUGCUCUCUGAAGAGACCGUUCCUUUGCACUGGAAAAAAGAGAAUCAAGCAGACUAUUGUAAGGAUGUCUCUGAAAUCUAACACAGGAGGUGACCUCAAUGACCCAGUGGAAUAG